AUGGACCGACGAAGUUGGCCUUGGAAGAAAAAGUCAUCUGAUAAAACAACCUUAGUGGUUGAAUCCGCAGCAGCAGCUGAUACUUCUCAUUCUCAAGUUGAGAAGGAUGCAGUUAAGAAGCCAAAGUAUGUACAAAUCUCUGUGGAGCAGUAUACACAUCUCACGGGUCUUGAAGAACAAAUAAAGACAUACGAUGUUCAGAUCAAAUCUUACGAGAGUCAAGUCGAAGCUUACGAGGAGCAAGUCAAAAGCUUUGAAGAACAGAUCGAGGCUUAUGAUGAGCAGGUUCAGAGUUAUGCUGAGCAAGUUCAGAGACUUAAUGAGGAUAAAGAGGACUUGAGUGAAAAACUCUCUGCUGCUAAUGAGGAAAUAACCACCAAAGAGACUUUAGUGAAGCAACACUCCAAGGUUGCUGAAGAUGCAGUCGCAGGUUGGGAAAAAGCUGACGCUGAGGCUUUGACAUUGAAGAACACACUUGAAUCUGUGACUCUCUCGAAACUCACUGCUGAAGAUCGUGCGGCGCAUUUAGAUGGAGCGUUGAAAGAGUGUAUGAGGCAGAUACGGAACUUGAAGAAAGACCAUGAAGCGAACCUGCACGAUCUUGCUUUAAGCAAGACCAAGCAGAUGGAGAAAAUGACAAUGGAGUUUGAGAAGAGGAUCUCUGACUAUGAACAGGAACUGCUAAGGUCUGCAGCGGAUAGCGACGCACUAUCAAGAACUUUACAAGAACGGUCCAACAUGCUAGUGAAUAUUAGCGAGGAGAAGUCAAGAGGCGAUGCUGAAAUCGAGACUUUGAAGAGCAAUCUUGAAAUGUGCGAUAGGGAGAUAAAGUCUCUCAAGUACGAAAUCCAUGUAGUCUCUAAAGAGCUUGAGAUACGCAACGAAGAGAAGAACAUGUGUAUUAGAUCUGCGGAAGUUGCAAACAAGCAACACUUGGAAGGUGUAAAGAAGAUAGCUAAGCUGGAAGCAGAGUGCCAGAGACUUAGAAGUCUUGUGAGGAAGAAGCUUCCGGGACCAGCUGCACUUGCUCAGAUGAAGCUUGAGGUUGAGAACUUAGGCAGAGAUAGCGGAGAAACCCGUCCAAAGAGAUCUCCGAGCAAGGCUUCUAGUCCCUGCAAGUCUCCGAGGGGAUAUUCAUCUUCUGGUUCUGACUUUUCUAUCGAUAACUCGCAGAAGUUCCAGAAAGAAAACGAGUUUCUAACAGAACGUUUGCUCGCGAUGGAAGAAGAGACGAAAAUGCUUAAAGAAGCCUUAGCUAAGCGGAACAGUGAGUUGCUGGAGUCAAGAGAUCUUUGUGCUCAGAGCACUAGUAAGCUUCAGAGCUUGGAAGCUCAACUGCAGCAAAACAAUCUUCAGAAGUCCUCAUCACUUGAAGUAUGUCCGAAUCUGAAUACCAGCAACCCAUCAAGCUCAAUCUCUGUUUCUGAAGAUGGGAAUGAUGAUUCCGGAAGUUGCAGUGGGUCUUUGUCAACAGCUCCAUCACAGCAGACCAAGAAAGACAUGGACAUGGCUGCACUGGAGAGAGUUGAGAGUGUUAGUAGUCAUGUUGAGCUUAUGGAUGAUUUUCUUGAAAUGGAGAAGUUAGCUUGUUUGCCAAAUCAAUCCAGCAGAAAUGGUAGUAUGGAUUCCAAAGAUUCUUCAGGUGAUGAUCAAAAGUCAGAACUGGUGAAUCCUGAGGCGCUUGAGGACUCCGAUAGAAGUACUCCGGCAGUGAUGGCAUUCAGAUCUAGACUAUCAAAGGUUCUUGAAUCUGUAUCUGCUGAUGCUGACUUAGGAAAGAUUGUAGAGGAUAUAAAAUGCAUUUUGCAAGAUGUGAAUGCUUGUAUGGACCAGGACAAGCCUUCUGAUGUGAAGGUUCAUCCUGAAGUAGAGACUGAGUUAUCUCCAGAGCAAAACUCGUUGGAGGAUUGUCAUUUGGAAGAACAAAAGCUGCAGAGCAACCACCAAGAUUUGAAAAACGCUGUUUCUCGGAUUCAUGAUUUCGUUUUGUUGCUAAGAAAAGAGGUAAGUGCAGGUGAAGAAAAUGGUUUCGUUGAGCUGAUCGAUGGCUUCUCCAUCACAUUCAACCAUGUUCUAAGUGGUGAGAAGAACUUGGACGGUUUUGUCUCGGAUCUUGCUAAUGUCUUCAACGAGGCCAUGGAGCUAAAGGUAACUUUCAAGGGUCUUGCUUCCUCCGAGGUUGAAGUUCUGAGUCCAGAUUGCAUUGACAAGGUUGCAUUACCCGAGAGCAAGGCUGUAGAUAAAGAUUCAUCUAAAGAGGUUUAUCAAAAUGGAUGUUCUCACAACGAGCCAGAGGUUCCAUGUGAUGGAAACAGAGUUUUGGAGUAUGAAUCAGACUCCAAGUUACAGGAAAUAGAAGAACUGAAAUCAGAAAAGGAAAAGAUGGCAGUGGAUAUCGAGGAGCUGAAGUUUAAGCUACAAGAAUCUGAGCAGAUGUUAGCUGACAUUAGAUCACAGUUAGAUUCUGCUCAGAGGUCAAACAGCUUGGCGGAUACGCAACUCAGAUGUAUGACCGGGUCAUAUCGAUCACUUGAAACACGUGCAGCUGAUUUAGAGAUCGAUGUGAGCCAGCUUAGGGAAAAGGUACGGAAUUUAGAGAAUGAGCUUGAGGAUGCAAAACGCAGCCACCAAGAAGCUAUUAUGAGGUGCCAUGAACUUGAAGAACGUAUUCAAAGGAACAGAGAUACUGCUUUGGUUGCUGUGGAUGACGAAGGUGAUAUCAAGACCAAACAGGAGAGAGAGUUAGCAUCAGCAGCAGAGAAGUUAGCAGAGUGUCAAGAAACCAUAUUUGUGUUGGGGAAGCAGCUCAAGUCACUACGGCCACAACCUGAACAGACGAGGUCACCACAAAGACAAAGUGAGUCCUAUUCCGAGGAUGAACAAGGCACCAAGAACUACAACGAAGGAGAUUCAGUUGACACUUGGGUUAACGAGGUCCCUAGGUUUAUGGAAUCUCCAAAAUAUCCUUCCGACUCAGAGACUAGCGAUCUCAUGACAUCGCCAUCACGAGUGGGUUCAAGGCUCUCGAGGUCAGGUUCAUCAGGCAAUCCAACACCAGAGAAAUCCUCCAGAGGAAUCAGCAGGUUCUUCUCUUCCAAAUCCGGGUAUUAG